CCUAGCCUCAAGCGAUACUCCCGCCUCAGCCUCCCAAAGUGCUAGGAUUACAGAUUUGAGCCACCAUGCCUGGCCUCAUCUGAUCAUUCUAAAUAGUAUUCCCACCUCACCCCGAAACAUCUCCCUAUUCACUUGUUUUUUUGUUUUGUUUUGUUUUGUUUUUGAGAUGGAGUCUCACUCUAUUGCCCAGACUGAAGUGCAGUGGCACAAUCUUGACUCACUGCAACCUCUGCCUUCUGGGUUCAAGCGAUUCUCCUGCCUCAGCCUCCUGCCUCAGCCUCCUGAGUAGCUGGGAUUACAGGCGUGCACCACCACGCCCAGCUAAUUUUUUUUUUUUUUUGAGAUGGAGUCUUGCUCUGUCGCCCAGGCUGGAGUGCAAUGGCAUGAUCUUAGCUCACUGCAAACUCCACCUCCUGGGUUCAAGUGAUUCUCCUGCCUCAGCCUCCUAAGUAGCUGGUAUUACAGGUGCAUGCCACCACGUCUGGCUAAUUUUUGUAUUUUUAGUAGAGACAGGGUUUCACUGUGUUGGCCAGGCUAGUCUUGAACUCCUGACCUCAAGUGAUCCGCCUGCCUUGGCCUCCCAAAGUACUAGAAUUAUAGAUGUGAGCCACUGUGCCUGGCCAAUUUUUGUAUUUUCAGUAAAGACAGGGUUUUGCCAUGUUGGCUAGGCUGGUCUUGAACUCCUGGCCUAAAGUGAUCCGCCCGCCUUGGCCUACCCCAGUGUUGAUAUUACAGGCAUAAGCCACCGCACCCAGCCCUCCCUAUUCAUUUUGCUACUCCUCUUGACUUAUCUGCAUGCUGAUGGGCACCCUAUCUUUAUAUUCCAGGACACCAUGGAUACCCGGGGACCAGUCUCCCAGCCUUUUCAGCAGCCUGAGAAACCUGGUCGUGUCCGUCGUCGGAAGACUAGGCGGGAACGUAACAAGGCCCUGGUGGGCAGCCGCCGGCCAUUAGCCCAUCAGGAUCCUCCUGUGACCAUUCAGGAUCCACCUGUGGUCCCUACUGCCUCCAAGCUCGUGGUCAUAACCCAGGGCCGGCUGAGCCGGGAGCACCGGGGUCUCUUCAACCACGAGGUGAAAUCCCUAGAUGUUGCAAGGCUGCUUAGCAGUGGGACCCUGGUGCCAGGCAGCCGCACACUCCCUGCCAAGCCCUCCCCAAGCCCAGGCAGGGCCCAGGAACCAGCCCCACAGUCCAGGGACAAAGAGAACCAGGUGCCUGGAGGUUCGGGCCCAGGCCCACCCAGUUCCCCAGAGUUGCCUCGUGUGGGGCAGCUGCUGGCAGAGCUGCAGUGUCAGCUGAGUUUGCCACAGGCCUUCCCCCGGAGGAACCUGAUUCAGGAUGCCAGGGAUGCCAUCGUGCGCACCUUGCAGGCCUGUCAUGGUUGUGUGCCUGACCUUGCCCUGGUGCUUCGGGGCUGCCAGCCACCCUUGCCAGGGGCCAAGCCUGGGGUCUCUGAGCGAAAGAUGACACCUUUCUGGAUUAAUAGCCCUGAUCAAGUCCCAGAGGAGGGGAGGCAAAGGAAGCAACAAGGGAUAAAGGAGUUCACCUUCCCCAUGCCCUACACCUCCAGCAUGCCCACUGUGCACAGGGGGAGUCUGGCACCGCCAAGAGGUCCCUGGCCACCACACUUUUCCUCAUUGUCUUCGCCAUCUGGAACAGCCUGGGGUCCCCCAACAGCGUUUGACUUGUUAAAAAGCAUCUGGCUGGUAGCCACGCCACCCCCUCCUCGGCCCUGGGGGGUUGGCCUCCCUCAGCCCCUGCCUCAGCCUUCAUCAACCCUGUUGCCCCGAACCUCUGUCCUGGACUGCAGCCCCAGCUCCCCUUCCCCACUGCCCAGCCUCUCCUGGGUAGUGGCCCAGAGCAGUCCGGAAGCCUGGUCUUUUCCACCCAUGAGACUGUACUGAGGAGGGGCUGAGGCUGGGGCUGAGGCUAGGGCUGGGGACAGAUAUCUUGUACUCCCAGUGACCUCAAUAAAGUACUUUUCAUGGUC